GCGUCCCAGGUGUCCGCGCGGGCGGUGAUGAAGUCAGCACGCGCGGCUGUGUGGAACGCCAGGGCCGCGCUGCUCUACUCGCUGGGCGGCUGGACCACGCUGGGCGCCCUCAUCUACUACAGCCGCCUGGACAAAGCCGGCACUGAGAAUGAAAGUGAUCCUGAGACAAAUCAAGGGACCCACAAGGAAGUACACACUAAGGAAUAUCCUUUUGGAUUGACAGUGACAACAGAAAUAACAUACAAAGAGGUUCAGCCUCCUCUUACUCGACUGCUUAGGCGUGCAGUAUCAUUCUUUGUUCCAAAUGAUGAGCCUCCUUCCGAAAAGUGAGCUGUUCAGAACAUGCUGGACCUCUGAGAACAUCGUCCCAGUUCCUGGCACCAGACCACUACUGGAAAGCUGUUGCUUGCAUUGCUGAACAGCAGCUCUGCCCAGCUGGGCUGAAGUUGCUUUGCCAGUUGGUGUGCAGGAUGUACCCAGGUGAUCCAGGAUGUACUUGAGAUUGCUCCCCAGCUGGGCAGCUCUGAAAGGGAUACUUUGGGAACGAUUAGUAAAUGGGAAGGAAAGUUUAAUGUUUUGGGUAUGAGAGUUCUUAAUGGUCCUUCAAAUAAAAGCUCUCAAGAGAUGAGUGACAA